UGCUCCACUAAAUCCCUCGCUAAUGGCGUGCUAAUCCCACCACCACCCUUGCAUUGCACGCGGCCGUAUAAAAUCCCGUGCCACCGUAUCAUUCACUCCUCCCGUCCCUAUCGCGUCGGAUCGCCACCCACCUCGCCGCCGCUGCUUGCUUCACUCGCCUCAGAUCCGCGCCGCCGCCCCCCGCGAAUCCCCUCUCCUCCCCGAACCCUAGCCCCGCUCUCGGGGGUUCCCCCUCCUCCUCCGCCGCCCGCCGCGUCCGCCACUUCCAUCGGAGGUGAUCGAUCGAGCGGGGGUGGGGGGAGAGGUUGGGCGGCUUGGAUUGGAGAGGGCUCGGAGUGGAUGUCGAGGAGGUCGGUGAAUCCGAGCCGGCGGGUGGCGGAUGGGGGAUUGCCGUCUGUCGGUGGCCUGCUUCACCCCAAGUCACGCUCGCCGCCCGUGCUCACCAUCGCCCUCGUGGUCCUGGGUGUCAUUAUUCUGAUCGCCUACUUCAAUAGCGGCUCAGGUGUAACAGUUACUAGCAGAGAAGCUGUGAGCAGGUCUGAAGGUUCUUGUACACCAGAAGUCAUGCAAGCACUUCCUUAUCUUAAAAAGGCAUAUGGCAAUGAGUUGCAUAAGGUUCUCCAUGUUGGCCCUGAUAGUUGUACAGUAGUUUCUAACUUGUUGAAGGAAGGGAAGGUUGAAGCAUGGGGAGUGGAGCCUUAUGAUUUGGAGGAUACUGAUAGUAGCUGCAAAAGCCUUGUGCGCAAGGGCUUUGUUCGUAUGGCUGAUAUCAAGUUCCCUCUUCCAUACCGCCAAGAUUCCUUUAACCUUGUUAUCGUAUCAGAUGCUUUGGAUUAUUUGACCCCAAGAUAUCUGAACAAAACACUUCCAGAUUUAGCAAGGAUUUCUACAGAUGGUCUUGUUAUCUUUGCCGGCAAUCCAGGUCAACAGAAGGCUAAGGUUUCUGAACUACCAAAAUUCGGAAGACCGGCAAAGUUGCGGAGUUCUUCGUGGUGGUCGCGAUACUUUAUCCAGACUGGCUUGAGAGAGAAUGAAGGGCCAUUGAAGAAGUUUGAGCAGGCUGCUUCCAAGAACAAAUACAAACCAGACUGUCAAAUCUUCCAUCUUAGCUCGUAGGCGUGUUCUGAUCUAGGUGAUGUGUAUCCAUGAAACCUGGAUCGUUGCCUCGCCGGUUUUGUAAGCAAUAUCCUGUUUACCCCCGUUGACUUGCGCUUCUUUUACACGGAGGAAUUGUCACAUUAAGAGCCAGCCAGCCUUGAGCAUAGGUAGCUUAUGUAGAGAGAUUUGCCACAUGCUGCUAGAAAAUUCUUCCUGGAAAGUUAAAUUAUGUGUUACCAAGAGGUGCAAAUUGAAGCCCUGAGGAUAUAUAUGUAAGAACUUCACACUGUUGUACCCUGUUAUUCUUCUUGGUGUUACAGUUAUUCCUGGUGAACCAGCUGCAGUUCCGUGAGCAGUUUGUAAUGUACUCAGUUCAAGAGAGAGAGAAAAAAUAUAUAUCUACCCUUUGUCUGCUA